AUGCAGACCCACGUUCCGCAUUACGUCAUGCCCACGGCUCCUCGUGUGGGCUUUCAGGCUGCUGGCCGAGCACUGCCAGUGCAGGUGCGAGCAAUGCAGGCGUCACCGCCGAUGCAGAUCUACGUGUACCACCCUGCGCCGCUGCCUCCGAUGGCCCCUCAUGCUGCCAACGUGCAAUGGGGGCCUAUCCCUGUGGGUGUGCCCAUUGCGCACAAGCCCUUUGUCUCAUCUUGCAGGAGCUACAUCCCGCAAAAGGCUCCCAUGGCUGCUGCCCAGGAGACCCUGUGCACAAAGAUGGCUAAUGCGCCCUUUGUGCAGCCAGCUACCGUGGCAGCCAGGUCGUUUGCGCCUCAACAGCUGCGGGACACGAUCGAUGCCAAGCCCAGAGUCGAAGUGCGGGGCGCGACGAAAACCGUCGUGCACGCGCCAAGGCAUGUUGGGCCGACUCUGGAACUUCAGGGGCCGGACUUUGCGGUGCCCCUGGACAAGGGGGUGGAGAGGCUGGAGCCGGAGGAGGUCUUCCAGCUGCUGAAGCAGAAGAAGUGCGUUCUUCUGGAUGUCCGUGAUGCGGACCGCAGCUGCGGCUUCAUCGAGGCCAGUGGCGGAUGA